AUGACACCGAAAUAUUGCUUUCUAGGCUUGCUCCUCAGUGUCCUCCUGCCUGGUGUGGUAGAAACUCAGCCAGCCAACGAGUCUCUGAAACCUCAACGAGUCCAUUUUCAAUCCCGAAAUUUUCACAACAUUUUGCACUGGCAGCCUGGGAGGGCUUGUCUUGGGAACAACAGUAUCUAUUUUGUGCAGUAUAAAGUGUAUGGAGAGAGACAGUGGAAAAAUAAAGAGAACUGCUGGGGGAUUCGAGAGUUCUUCUGUGACCUUACCAAUGAAACGUCAGAUAUAUGGGAACCUUAUUAUGGGAGAGUAAAGACAACUCUGGCUGGGAUCCACUCAAGCUGGACCAUGACACAGCGGUUCACUCCAUGGUGGGAAACAAAAAUAGAUCCUCCAGUCAUGAAUAUAACCCACAUUAACGGAUCUUUGUUGGUAAAUCUCCAUGCUCCCAACUUACCAUACAGAGACCAAAAAGGGGAAAAUGUGUCAAUGGAAUACUAUGAGCUAGUAUAUCGAGUCUUCAUAAUAAACAAUUCACUGGAAAAGGAGCAAAAGGUGUAUGAAGGAGCUCACAGAGUUGCUGAAAUUAAAGUUACCUCACCUCACACUGGUUACUGUGUAGUGGCUGAGAUAUACCAGCCCAUGUUAGACAGAAAAAGUCAGAGAAGCCGAGAGAGAUGCGUGGAAAGUCCUUGA